AAGUGCUCAAGCAUGAGGAAAGCUCCUCCCAUGUCUCACAGCCUCUUCCACCUCUUAAAAACUCCCAUCUCUCAGGACACAACCCACAGAGGACACUCUUCUGCCAAAGGGACAGUGCUGAAAAGCACAAAUAAAGGAGACAAUGGCAAAGAAGGUUGCAGUCAUCGGAGCAGGGGUCAGUGGCCUGAUCUCUCUCAAGUGCUGUGUAGAUGAGGGUCUGGAACCCACCUGCUUUGAGAGGACUGAAGACAUAGGAGGACUGUGGAGAUUCAAGGAAAACGUGGAAGAUGGCCGAGCUAGCAUCUAUCACUCUGUCAUCACCAACACCAGCAAAGAAAUGUCCUGCUUCAGCGACUUCCCAAUGCCGGAGGAUUUUCCCAACUUCCUGCACAAUUCUAAACUCCUGGAAUAUUUCAGAAUCUUUGCCAAGAAGUUUGAUCUCCUAAAAUAUAUCCAGUUCAAGACAACCGUCAUUAGCGUGAAAAAAUGCCCAGAUUUCACAUCUUCUGGGCAAUGGGAAGUUUAUGUUCAGAGCGAUGGCAAGGAGCAACGAGCCGUCUUUGACGCAGUUAUGGUUUGCAGCGGCCAUCACAUUCAACCUCACCUGCCUCUGAAGUCCUUUCCAGGUAUCGAGAGGUUCAAAGGCCAGUAUUUCCACAGCCGCCAGUACAAGCACCCAGCUGGCUUUGAGGGGAAACGCAUCCUGGUGAUUGGAAUAGGAAACUCAGCCGCGGACAUUGCCUCUGAGCUGAGUAAGAAUGCCGCACAGGUGUUUGUCAGCACCAGACACGGUUCCUGGGUUCUGAGCCGAAUCUCUGAAGAUGGCUACCCUUGGGACAUGGUGUUCCACACUAGAUUUAACUCCAUGCUCCGAAACGUCCUGCCACGCACCAUCGUCAAGUGGAUGAUGGAACAAAGGAUGAAUCGAUGGUUCAACCAUGAAAAUUACGGUCUGGUGCCUCACAACAAAUACCUUCUGAAGGAACCUGUAUUGAACGACGAUCUCCCCAGUCGCGUGCUGUACGGAGCCAUCAAAGUGAAAACAAGAGUGAAGGAGCUCACGGAGACGGCUGUGGUUUUUGAGGAUGGCACGGUGGAGGAAGACAUUGAUGUCAUUGUCUUUGCCACCGGGUAUACGUUCUCCUUCCCUUUCCUUGAAGACUCGCUCGUCAAAGUGGCGGAUAAUAGGGUCUCGCUGUACAAAUCCAUGUUCCCGCCUCAACUGGAAAAGCCCACCCUUGCGUGCAUGGGUCUCAUCCAGCCUCUGGGCUCCAUCUUCCCAACUGUAGAGCUUCAGGCGCGUUGGGCGACGAGAGUUUUCAAAGGCUUGUGUAGCUUGCCUUCGGAGACAACUAUGAUGGCGGACAUUGUUGGGAGGAACGAAAGAAGAAUUGACCUGUUUGGAAAAAGCCAGAGCCAAAUUCUGCAGACCAAUUACAUUGACUACCUGGAUGAACUGGCCCUGGAGAUAGGUGCGAAGCCAGACUUCGUCUCUCUGUUUUUCAAAGACCCUAAACUGGCUGUGAAACUCUACUUUGGGCCCUGCAAUUCCUACCAGUACCGCCUAGUUGGACCCGGGCAGUGGGAAGGAGCCAGGAAUGCCAUCCUUACCCAGAAGCAGAGGAUCCUAAAGCCCUUGAAGACCCGUACUCUGGAGCCUUCAUCUAACAUCCCAGCGUCUUUCCUGCUCAAAAUCUUAGGGCUUUUUGCUGUUGUUCUGGCCUUCUUUUUCCAACUUCAGGGCUUCUAAUCUGUCAGCAUGACACUUUUGUUUACCUGUGUCUCUUUGAAAAAAAAAAAAAAAGGCUAAAGAAAUUACCACUUCAUUAUAAUUUUUACAGUUCAGGGGAACAAAUUAUAGAGAGAUUAGAAGAAUUGGGGCUAGAUGAAAAGCUAAAUUUGAGGCCAUGGAAUAUCUUUGCCAUUCUACUUUUGCCUUGAAUUCACCAGUCUCCAAACAGUAUUAGACAAUAACACCAGCUCAGAUAGAUAGUGCUUCCAGACAUGGCAAGUGUGAGUUAUACCUUUAAAAGAAAACAAUAAAGGGCUGGAGAGAUGGCUCAGAGGUUAAGAGCCCUGGCUGUUCUUCCAAAGGUUCUGAGUUCAAUACCCAGCAACCACAUGGCGGCUCACAACCAUCUGUAAUGAGAUCUGAUGCAGGCAGAAUACGUAUAAAUAAGAAAUAAAUAAAUAAAUAAAUCUUUUAAAAAAAACAAUAAAACUACGCAUAAUAAAAAAAAAAAAAACAAGUCAUAGCUGAGUGUGUUGACACAUGCCUUUAAUCCUAGCACUUGGGAGGCAGAUAGGUUGGAUUACUGGACAAUUUAAAUUGUGGAAGAUAUUUCAAAUACGGUACAGUAUUCUCAUUGCUGUUCCUAUGCAUACUCUGGCCACAGGUCCCAAGUACCAGGGUCGGCCCUGUUGGCGUGAUGAGGAAUCCCUCAGAAAUACCAGCGGGCAAAAAUGAGAGGACAGACCAAAAGCAGCGCCAGUGCUCAGACAUACUUUAAGUGCCUCCUAUUUCGAGCUGAGCAAAUAGACACAGCUCCUGUGCGUUGAUAGAGACGCUGAUGCAAAAAUGAAAACAAUGCGCCCCAGCUACAACAUCUAGAUAGAUGCUGUUUCUCACAGACUAGACGUUGUGCUAUGUUCACGCCAUGUAUUUUACUUUAUUUGGUUCUCACAGUGACUGCUAGAUGGGUGUCACUAUGAUGCCAUCCCAGAGAUGACACCGAGGGCCACAUGUUCUGGAGCAUGCCCUAAACAGCUGGCCUUGAGAUGAAGCUCCAAGGGAAGCCCGGUUUGUUGAGCUCUGGGACUAAAAGUUAUAACCUCCCCCAUGUAAGAUGCUUAUUUAUGAAGACCCCCACUCUUGAUAAAAACUUCCUAAUCAUUUAUUUUGUUCAGUAUAAGAUUAAACUAUAGUUCUACUCAUUAGCAUAAAGCUUGCUAAAACUAUUGUAGAAAAUGCACUUUGCUUGCCAAUACAACCUGGCUAGUGUCAUUUACAGCAUUAAGUCUAUAUGCCAGCUGGAUAAUUAAAAGCACUUGGGCUAGGCACAGUGGUGUAAACCUUUCAGCCAGCACUCAGGACACAGAGUGGAUCUCUGUGAGCUUGAAGCUGGCCUGUUCUACAUAGCAAAUUCUGGACCAUCCAGGGCCACCUAGUGACACCUUAUCUCAAACAAACAAAUAAAUAAAUUCAAAGAAAUUUAGAAUGAAAAAUACCUUUGUGAUAAUACUUAAAGUAUUCAGUCCUCAGCUUUGGAAAAAAAAAAAAAAGACGAAAUAACAAGAAGAAAGAAGCAGAAGCGGGGGGGGGGGGGGGGGGGGAGGGGAGCCUGGGGAUUCAGCUCAGUGGUAGAGUGCUUGCCCAGCUAGUGCAAGGCCGUGGGUUCAGUCCUCAGCUCUGGAAAAAAAAAAAAAAAGUAAUCACCAACAUUUGAAAAAACGUAAGAAUUAAAGUAUACCUCCCAGGCAGAUGAAAAAUGUUACAAUGAUUAAGACAGUGCCUAGAAGUAGCAUUAUAUGUAAGCAAGGCAAAUGACAACAAAGUAUUAUCUUUGUCGUCUGAUCAAAGGGGCUGGGUCAUUUAUAAGAGCCUUUUUUUGGAACUGAAGACCAAAGGAGAUACAAGCAAUUCAGCGCCAACAAACCCUGCGCAGCAUAACAAACUCUGGACAAUGAGCAUUCCUGAAAGCAAGCCUUUCCAGGAUCCGUACUGUGGAAGAUAAGCUGUGCCCCGAGACAGGCCAGUGACUCCGCAGAGGGGACAAAGGUUGAAGGUUUAGCUAGAUAGUUCUUCUUUAUCCCUGCAUGCAGUGCGUCUCAACCUUCCUAAUCCCGCGACCCUUAAACACAGUUCCUCAAGCUGUGGUGACCCCAAACCACAAAAUUACUUCAUUGCUACCUCAUAACUAUAGCUUUGCUACUGUUAUGAAUCAUAAUGUAAAUAUCUGAUAUGCUACCCACCCCAAGGGGUCAUGACCCACAGGUUGAGAAUCACUGCUCCAAGCUCCAAAGCUUUUGUUGACCCUAUUCUAAAAUCUAACCCCCCUCUAUCCAGCUAUCUAUCUAUCUAUCUAUCUAUCUAUCUAUCUAUCUAUCUAACUAUCUAUCUAUCUAUCUCCCCUCCCUCUCUCCCUCUCUUUCCUCCCCUCUCUCCAGUCUGACAGCAAUCUCUUCCAGUAGACACUUGUUUCUUUAAAGUCCUCUGAAUACCAUUGCUGACUCAGGCCUGUUGGCAAAGCGCUUGCCUUGUAAGCAUAAGCAUCUGAAUUUGAGCCUCAGAACCCACAUUUUACAAGCCAGGUGUGGUCUAAUCCCCCCACUGGGGAGGGAGACAGAGACGGAGCCAGUUUCCUGGAGAUCCUGGCCAGCUAGUCUACUAUGUUUUAGUGAGUUCCGGAUCAGUGAGAGGCCCUGUCUCAUCAACAAAAGCAGACAGCGCCUGGGGAACAAUACCAGAGCCUCACCUCUGGCCUAGGUACUCCUGCUCGCAUACACAGGCAGGCACCCUGCACACGCACAUGUAACUGCACACACUUGAACACACACACAAACACAUAUAUACAAACACACGUAUACACAAGUUCACUGAAAGUUUGCCAUUUCAUUACAUUGCGGUUAAGACUUUUUUUUUUUAACUCUACUUAUAAACAAAUUCCUUUCAAAUUUCACAAAUAAAAAUACACUAUAUACAUCUAUGAAAUUCUCAAAGUUCUCAAACAAAAAUUACAGAAGAAAUAUAUAUUCUUAGUUAUUGAUGAAAAGCAGAUUACUUGUGCCAGACAAGAUGACUCAGCAAGUACAGGAACUUGCCACCAAGCCUGAUGUCCUGAGUCUCAUCCACAGGAAGAGAGAAUCAGUUCUUGCAGGUUAUCUCUGACCUCUGCCCGGGCACUCAUACCUAUACCCAAACACGAUAAAUAAAUAGACUGCAGUAAAAUAAAUAAAAGCGGAUUACUUUCUUUGUCAAUUAUUAAAAAUCCUUUUCAAUCA